AAAUUAUUUCAUGUCACGUAGAGUUUUGAUUACUUGAAAGGUAAGGUUUACAAUACUAAUAGUAACUACAUUUGUACUCUUUCACAUUCUAACGUGUAACAUUACUACUUCUGUAGCUGCUACUACUGCUGCUGUUGUAAUACUACUACUACUAGCUCUGCUACUGUGGCUACUUCUGCUGCUACUACUGCUACUGCGGCUACUACUACUUUUAAAACAACUACUAAUACAAGAAGCGUUGUUAACGUUAUUACCGUUACUACUAAUCGUAAUAAUGUAAUGAUAUUUUUAAUAUUACCUAGUUUAUGAUUUAAUUUAAUUAAUUAAAAUUUAAUUAGGUGAUAAUUAAAUUGAUUGGGAUUUAAUUUAAUUGAUUGAGAUAUGAAAAUGGAAUUAUUAAGUGUGCUGCGGGUGUGUCUGUUUGUAGUUGUUGGGCUGAUAAAUAUUGGAGACAACGACGAACUCAUCUUUGAAGACGAACUUCAUCGAAGAUAAUGCUUUAUCAACAUCUGCGGAUGAUAACACAACAACAACAACAACAGCAACAACAACAACAACGCAAAAAACAUCCUCUUCCUCAUCAUUUGACAGCAGCAACAGCGGUAACAACAACAACAACAACAUCAACAACAACGUAACUGAAAACAGCAACUCAACAAUGACGUCAUCACCAAAACCGGAUGGGCCGUUGAACGUCGUCAUCAUCAUCAUGAUCGUCAUCCUCAUCGUCAUCGUCGCCCUCAGCCUAAUCGGUGGAUUCCUUACUCUGUUCAACUGCUGCUACGGGGGGUCCAAAUAUGACCACGUGAUUGAUGACGUCAGUAUCGACAGGAGGAUGAGUCAUAAACCGAGGAACUCCAUCAUGGCCAUGUUUGAGGAGAACACAAACAUCGACGCCACGAGCAACUGGUCCACAAUAGACAUCGGCGACAAACAAAUCACGGAUUUCAUUGGGGGUGGUACUAAAGUCAAGGAUCACCAAACAAAUCAACAUGGAGCCACUAACAUUGGCUACGACGAUGGCCUGGAUGUCUAAAAAUAACCCAGGGUCUAAAUAUAGCCCAGGGUCUAAAUAUAGCCCAUGGUCUAAAUAUAGCCCAGGGUCUAAAUUUAGAACAAAUACUUAUUUAAUAUUACUUAACCAGUGGUUAUAUUCUAAGUACUAGUAGUUGUAAUUUUACUUGGAUGUUUUAACUUUACUUAUUGAUACUUUUACUAAGAUGUACGUAAUUAAUUAGUAACAGUACAAAGAUCUGGUGAUUGAUUUUACAGCUAUUUAGUAAGUGCCCGCGAUGUUAACACAGAUGUUUUUAAUAUAUGAUUCAACAUUU